GUGCUGAUGUGGCUGAUUGCAUCGGUGCAACAGCAGCCAUCGACCCGCCCCAAAACAACAAUGGCAACAACACAAUCGCCCUUUGCGUAACGGAACAGGCCGACACCCCAAACCAUCCAUUCACUAUUGGUUAGCAAAAGCACAAGAGAGGCGAGUGCGUGUGUUUGUGUUACAUACAUGCAUGUCUGGUUGCCAUCUUGUGUCCGUGUCCGUGCUUGCAGAUGCAUUCACUCAUGCUGAUGACGCCAUCGGCCAAGGGGCGACCCCGGUAAGUGCCGGAGUGAAACAUGGAGCACUCCUGUCGACUGUGUCUUCUGCUCAGCUUGCGGAAUCGUUUGGAGGAGAUAAGGAAGUGUCCAAGGCAUUCCAGCGGUCCCUAUGGCUCCGGGCAGUCAUCCAGGUGGCACAGCAGUGGUUCCAGAACAACUUGGGUCGCCCCCCCACGCCGGCCGAGAUAAGGUUCAUCAUCGAGUACAUGAACUACCGACUCAAGCUGCCGCUGGAAGGAAGAGGAACGCACUCACUGCGCGUCUGCAUGUCUGCGUGUGUCACUUGUGCAGACUUCUUUCAGGGCUCGCAGGUGAGUGACACGCACACAAAGGCACACACGGAUGAGUGUGUAUGGGCAUGUGCGCAUGUGUGUGUGAGUCAUUCAGGCUGGGCUGAAGCUGUCGAUGCUGACGUCAGUAAUCCAAGUGUUCAACAAGAAAUGAAGUCUUGAGCAAGAGACAGAACACGACAGACAGAUGAUUGACACC